GGAGCUUCCCGCAGCGUAGCACCCAGACACCGGUGUCCCCAGGUGGGCUUGCACUGUGCCUCGGGACAGCCAUCUCCAAGGACAUCUCUGUUCUGACCUUGCGGAGGCCGUGUCUCAGCUGCGCCCUCGCGGGACAGUGGGGCACUUUGUAGAACGAUAGCCUCUUGAGUUAAGGAAUGUGUGUAACUGGCUGGAGUUCGCUGGACACUUCAUCCCGUCUUCCUCUCUCUCGGGACUUCCUGUUCCCUGAGAUCCCUUGGGCAGAGGUUUAAAGGCUCCUCAAAUUCAGUACCAGAGGACUCUAGGCCACCUUCCUUCCUUCUUCGAUGGAACAUCACCUCCCCCCCCCCUUUUGGGGGCACCUUAUGGUGUGGCCUUGGUGAGUGAAACUUAGGGUGCUGACUGCUUGGGAAGGAAAUCUGAAAACAGAAUAUUGUGGGGGUGACCCUGGCCUCAUAAGGCCCUUGAAGUCUUGUGUGUGGGGUAGUAAAUGGAUUUAUUUUCCCCUAAAUUGACAAGGAAGCGGGCUAUUUACCACACAUGGGACUACGUGAGCUCUUUCUGAAUUCAGAGUAGAGCGAUAUCACCAAGCAGAUACCUAUUCCGAACCGAACCGGAACAGACUCCGGCUUCUUAAGCAGAGUCAGGAAGCGGUCUCAGAUUUGGGGAGGCUGGUUACACAGUUCAGUCAUGUUUCUGCGAAGGCUUGGUGGCUGGCUACCUCGACCUUGGGGCCGCAGGAAAUCAACAAAGGCGGAAUUGCCUGCCCCAGAAACCAGAUGGGUGGACAGCUCCCCCGAGAAUUCAGGCAGUGACUGGGAUAGUGCUCCAGAGACAAUGGGAGAUGCGGGGCCUCCCAAGACCAAGGAUUCAGGGAAACCGAGGACCCCUGGGGCUGCUCUGGUGAUGAGCAGGCAGGACCAAGUGGAUCAACCGGGGAGCAAAGUAAAGGAUUCCCUCAAGCAGGACAGGAUUGUCUCUAGCACUCAAGAGCCUGCAAGACCAGAGACUGGAGGACCCGUUCCCAAACUGGAUUCAGGUGGCAAGAAGAACCUUGGAGGGCCCCCACAAAGGGGACAAGACGCCACUGGGCCAGAAGCCCUAUUGGAGAAACCUGAUCGACGUCAGAAGUUGCUGCAUUGGCUACGGGGGGACCCAGGGGCUCCCUCACAUUACCUGCGGGACCCAGAGGAGUAUCUGCAGAUCUCUACCAACUUGACCCUGCACCUGUUGGAGCUACUAGCCUCGGCCCUGCUGGCCCUGUGCUCCAGGCCACUUCGAGCUGUCUUGGACGCUUUGGGUCUUCGAGGACCUGUGGGCCUCUGGUUACACGGGCUACUGUGUUUCCUGGCAGCCCUGCAUGGGCUCCAUGCUGUGCUGAGCCUACUUACUGCCCACCCCCUGCAUUUUGCCUGCCUCUUUGGCCUCUUGCAGGCCCUGGUCCUGGCUGUCAGCCUCCGGGAACCUAGUGAGGAUGAGGAGGCCACUGAUUGGGAGAGUGAGGGGCCAGGGAGGGAGGUCAAGGAGCCUAGGGAAGGUCCAGGAAGGGUGCUGUGACUGGGUGAGGGUGGGGGCAAAGGGUGAAGAUAGUGGUGUGGCCUUUAGGAGGAAGGUGAAAAAACCCAGAUUGUAAGCACAGUGACCUCAGGGAUCGGGAGGAGACUCAGGAACAGGAAGGCACAGGAGCCCUAUCAUACUAGUGACAGAUGGGACUGUUCAGGGUGUCCAGUAAUGGAUAAUGGGGCAUCAGCAUUUGAGUCGCCAGCUAUUGUUAUUUUUUCCUUUUACUGUAUCCACUUUUUUUUAAUUACCACCUCCAAUUUUCCCCCUCCUCCACUUUUUAAGAGCAAAAAUAAAAUAAAGUAAAAGUGAUGGUGGAGAAUGAAGGCCACUGGUCCUUUCCAGCCACCAGAGGUGGUCAAGGCCAGAGGCAGGGCAGAGAACUCUGCAUGAAGAGGUGACAGGGAGAUCCACACUGUCCCUUGGAUCCUAGGACUGACCAGAGCCAUCUAGAGGAUAGUGAGGCUGUGAAGUAGGAGGAACUGGAAUUCUAGAAGGGGCUAUAGGUGUUUUGGUACCCGCUGGGAGGGUCUGGUACUCUGUGGGAUUCUGGAAGAGACAGGGAUGAUGCAGGCCACAUUGGUGUGAGGACCAGUUCAGAAGGGCUCUGACGGGGGCAGCAUGGUGUCUGUCAUCUCCACUCUGGCUAGGGAUUUGCUCACUCAGCAAUAAAUGUGCUACACUAAAUGCUAAAUAUACCAGUACAAUGUGA